AUGACCCUUACUCCUACCGCAAAAUUUCAUAUUGGACUUAUUAAUCAAUAUUGGUAUAAAGAUACAUUACAAGAAUUUGAUAUAUCAAAUAAUGCAUUCGCUUCAGUCUCUCCCUUUAAUAUAAUAAUAAGAUAUCUAAAACUAUCUCAAAGAAACAUAAAUUCGGCAAAUUUUGGGAUUGAAAAGGAAGAUAAUAUUAAACGAAGGCCAAAGGGUCGUCCCAAAUCCAAGAGAGUUAAAAGUUCUUUAGAACAACCUAGUGUUAAAACUCAAUAUAAAUGCAAAUUAUGUAAACAAAGGGGACAUAACAGCAAGACUUGUAAAGAACAAGAACAAUUAAAUACUAAUGCUAAUAAAGAGAACAUCGACGAUGAAAGCUAA